AUGGCGAGCAAGAGAACGCCAGAAAGCUAUGUUUUUCUGGAGAAACUGGGCCAGGGCUCGUACUCCACGGUUUUCCGUGCGGUGGAGCGGGCCAACGGGCUGAGAAACUACGCAAUCAAGGUGUGCUCGAAGAAACACAUCAUCAGAGAGCGCAAGGUCAAGUACGUGACGGUCGAGAAGGACCUACUAAACCUUCUGGCGGGCGGCGGGCACCCGGGCGUGGUGCGGCUGUUUUGCACGUUCCACGACACGGACAACCUGUACUACGUGCUGGAGUUCGUGAGCGGUGGUGAGUUGCUCGGGCUGGUGCGGCGCAUGGGGCGGCUGCCGGAGGAGUGGUGCCGGCGCAUUGCGAGCCAGCUCGUGGACACAGUGGACUAUAUGCACGCAAAGGGCGUGAUCCACCGAGACCUAAAGCCGGAAAACGUGCUGCUGUCGCAGGAGGGCCGCAUCGUGAUCACAGACUUCGGCGCCGCGUGCUGCGCGAGCGAAGGCGGCAGCGCGCCGGGCGCGGCGGACCGCGCCGCAUCGUUUGUGGGUACCGCGGAGUACGUGUCGCCCGAGCUGCUGCUCCACAGCCAGUGCAGCUUCGGCAGCGACGUGUGGGCCCUGGGGUGCAUUAUCUACCAGCUGACGCAGGGCGCGCCGCCCUUCAGGGGCGACACGGAGCUGCAGUCGUUCGAAAAAAUCGUGGCGCUGGACUAUAGGUGGGUGUACGCGGCGCCGCCGCUCAUCGUGGCGCUGGUGCAGAGCAUCCUGGUACUGGAUCCUCUGCAGAGGCCGUCGGCCAAGCAGCUCAAGCAAAAUCCGUGGUUUACUUCAGUCAACUGGGACGACCGCACCGCGCUGUGGAAGGGCAUCUGGGAGGUGCCGAACAAGGGCAAAAGCGGCUCUGCGCACCUGCCGAACGCGCCGUCGGGGCCUGACGCGCCUGCAGGCGGUAUUAGGGUCACCAGGCGGAAGCCUGUCCAGGCAAAAAGUACAGACGCCAUUGUCGAGUGGAGGAAAAAGCUUGGCCUCGGCCCCGGGGCACUGCCGUCGCCGCCUGCGUCUGCGGGCGGCGACAUACCGAAGUUUGGCGGUCCUGUGCAUCGUACUGUGUCCCCUGCUCCAGCUCCUUCUCCAGCGCCAUCUGCUGCAUCUCCAGCGCCUGUGUCGGUUCGUACUACGUCUCCAGCUCCGGCUCCCCGCACUAUAAAUCCAACUCCCCGCGCUAUACAUCCAACUCCCCGCCCUUCGCUUCCAGCUCCUCGUUCGGUAUCCUCUACAUCUGCCCCGCGCACACCGCCACUCGCGGCACCGCCCGUGUUUGUCAAGCGCGACAUCGUGAGCAUCCUAGAAAUUCCCUAUGACCCCAGCCAGCGCUCGAUAACCCUGGCGGGCUAUUCUAAAGUGGAAGAUUCGGGCAUUACAGCGUUUGUUACUGAAAACAAGACCAAUAUUCUAAAGCACUCUGCGAAUCACAUCGUGGCGUUAGACGUUAAAGGCCUUCUUUCAUGUCAGGGCCCCAACCAGCCCGUUAGGUCGAUGGUGUCUGUGUCCGACCCAGAUUUGUCCAUGUAUGACUUCGAAUUUGACGAAGUCAACGGCAAAGGGUUUUUGAUACUGGAAAAAUUCAAGUCGAAGCUUUGGUUCUUGUCGGCAGCAUCCUCGGAGCAGGCUCUUCCAGUCAAGUUGCGCUCAAUCAACAAGGACAAGCCAUGGGUAGAAUGCUUCUUUGCUGCUAGGAAGAUGGUCGCUGAAGCUGAAAGUAGCAAGCCCAAGCCCACACGCCCUUCGAGUGCGUCGCGCCCAACAUCUGCUACAAAAUCGCGUCCAAAGCAAAAGAUUAACUCAUCUCCGAGAAUGGUUGUGAGCUCGAGUCGAUACGAGGUGCUGCAUACGUUGUCGGGUUCUGGCGUCAAAGGCGGCGAUGCUACGAGCGGCGCCAGCGCCGCGUUCAAGAGCUUAACAAAGAAGUAG